CUUUUACUUACUAUCUUUUUUUUUUUUAUUUCUUUAGAAAAAACAUGCAUAAGUUUGUAUCAAGAUAUAGUUCAUCACCAUUAAGCUUACCACAAGAAGAGAGCCUUGGUCAAUUAUGCGGAAAAUGGGAUGCUGCUCAAGAAUUAGCUUUCCCUACUUUUGAUGUCCCAGCUGUUCAUAAUCCUGUUGACUUUUUGAGAAAUGUGACUGAUGAAGAAUCUCCAGAGUACAAGAUUAAAAUUCAACAUGGUACAACUACACUUGCAUUCCAAUUCCAAGGUGGUGUGGUAGUCGCUGUUGAUUCAAGAGCUACGAUGGGAAAUUAUAUCGCUUCCCAAACUGUGAAAAAGGUGAUUGAGAUCAACCCAUAUCUAUUAGGAACAUUGGCAGGUGGUGCAGCUGACUGUCAAUACUGGGAGCGCGAGUUGGGCAGACGUUGUCGUUUACAUGAAUUAAGAAAUAAGGAACGUAUUUCGGUUGCGGCUGCAUCCAAGUUGUUGGCAAACAUGGUCUAUUCUUAUAAGGGAAUGGGCCUUUCCAUGGGUACUAUGGUUACUGGUUGGGAUAAAACCGGACCCAACUUGUUUUAUGUUGAUUCAGAUGGCUCAAGAUUAAAAGGCGAUAUUUUCUCUGUUGGUUCAGGUUCUACAUUUGCCUACGGUGUACUCGAUUCAGGUUAUGACUUUGACUUAUCUGUAAAAGACGCUCUUGAACUCGGUAGAAGAUCUAUUUAUCAUGCAACACACCGUGAUGCCAUGUCUGGUGGUUCAGUGAACUUAUAUCAUGUUACUGAGAAUGGUUGGGAAUAUCAUGGUAACCAUGAUGUUGGACAACUUCAUUGGGAUUAUCAAGAUGAGAAUGCAAAGAGCAUGCAAUAAAUAUAAUAAAUGAUUUUUACAUACACAAAAUAGCUUAAAAGGAUUUUAUUGUAAGCAAAUACACCUCAGUAAAGAAAAAAUUGCCCACCUUGUUCAAAGAGCUACCAGAGAGUGAAAAAACUCCUUAUAGCGAGAGCAAAGGUUCGUGAUGAACAUCCUAAAGAGAUGGCUCGAUAUGUAAUGAGUGCUGUUAUGUAAUGGUUUAAAUAACACAAGACAAAGACAU